AUGCCGCCGAGCAAAGAGACAAAGAAGCAUGAGUGUGUCUCUGAGGACGCCCUGCAGCACCUGCGGACGUACAAAUACUCGAGCGUCGACAAGUCCUUCAUCUCCCGCUACAUCCUAAAGCACUACUGGAAUGCCUUUGUCGAACUACUGCCGCUCUGGCUCGCCCCGAACCUCGUCACGCUACUCGGCUUCUGCUUCAUCCUAGGAAACAUUGUGCUGCUCGAGGUGUACAUUCCCGAUCUCGUCGGGCCUGCGCCCUCAUGGGUCUACUACAGCUUCGCCUUUGGCAUGUGGAUGUACUCUACCAUGGACAACGUUGACGGAAAGCAAGCGCGUCGCACAGGCUCGUCGAGCCCGCUGGGUGAGCUGUUUGACCACGGCAUUGAUUCUUUGAACUGCACACUGGCAAGCCUCCUGGAGACUGCGGCUGUUGGAUACGGCUCGACCAAGAUUGGUGCCUUUACCGCCCUUAUUCCUGUUCUGCCCAUGUUCUUCUCGACGUGGGAGACGUACCACACGCAUACCCUGUAUCUGGGAUACUUUAACGGACCUACGGAGGGCCUGAUUCUCGCAUGCACCUUUAUCUGCCUGUCCGGAUACUUCGGCCCGGAAAUCUGGUCAACCCCGCUUGCCAACUACUUCCCGUCCUACAAGGCGGAGAUUGGCGACAUCACGAUCAAGGAACUCUGGGUGCCAAUUCUUCUCUUCACCUUUUUCGUUGCCCACCUCCCUGAAUGCAUCCUCAACAUUGCGCGUGCGCGCCGAGCCAGGAACCAGCCCGUGCUUCCACUACUCAAGGAAUGGACGCCCCUGAUUAUCUUCGUUGUCUGCACCAUGGCUUGGCUGGGAUCGCCAUACUCAAGCCUCCUCGAGGAUAACCACCUGGUUCUCUACUGCCUCACCAUGUCGCUAGUCUUUGGACGAAUGACGACCAAGAUUAUCCUGGCGCAUCUCACCCACCAGCCGUUCCCGUACUGGACCGUUAUGCUGGCGCCCAUGAUUGGAGGAGCGCUGAUUGUCAACCACCCUUACUUUACCAUUCCUGGAACCACAUUUGGUCCCGUCUCCGCUAGCUUUGAGCUCUGGUACCUCCGGGCAUACUUUGUUUUCGCCUUCAUUGUCUACGGAAAAUGGGCACAUCUGGUCAUCACGAGCAUAUGCGACUAUCUUGGUAUCAAGUGCUUUACCAUCCCCGUGAAGCCCAACGAGAAGAACCAGAGGUCCAACGGCGUUGUCGACGGCAAGGGCCGAACCGACUAG